AGGAGGCCUCGUCUGCGUGUGUGACGGAAAAGCGACAGCCCCAGCCCCUGCCCCCGGGGCCAGAUGUGACGCAGACGUAGACUGCCACUGGCUGUGGGAGCUCCCCAGAAGCCGAGCGGGAGGCCUCACCAUGCCUACUGGUACAGGCAGGCUUCAGCGGCUGCAGGAGGGUCCCUCUGAGGAGCGGCUGCGAGCAGGCGAGGCUAGCGGUGUGCCGGGAAACGGCAAGGAGGGCGGGGAGUGCUGGCCGCGCCGUCGAGGUCUCCCCACUUGCUGGCGGGGAGCGUCAAAGAGCCCUGCAGCCGGAUUCGGCCACGGCACCACCUCGCCUGGCCGGCUCUCGUCUCAUGGCCACCCGGACGCCCCAGGGACGCUCGCAAGCAGGGCGGGGGCGCAGCGCAACGGCCCUCCCAUCUGGCGCCCGGGGGCGCUGCUGAGCAGGCAGCCGGGCGGGCGGCGGCGAACGAGUCCGCCCCCGAAGCACCUGCCUGGCCGGAGGGAGGGGCCUGCCGCGUUCUGCUCUCCCCGCCCGGCACGGAGCCCCGCGCUCGCCUCGCUCUGCCGGCCCGAGGGCUGCCUCUCUUGCGGCGGGCAGGGAAGCGGAAGCAGGCGGGCGAGCGCUGCUGCCGGGCGGCCGACGGAGGGACCGCAGAACUGCGCUUGUCCAGGCGCCGUGGAGGACUCUGGCGCAGUCCCGCAGGCGCGGGCUGUGAACUGGCGCCGCCGGCCCCUUGCUCGGAGCCAGGGGUCCCGGCUCUGCCGCUGAAAAGCGCCGCCGGAGCCCCGAGGGAGCCUCUCCGGUGUUUGCCGCCGCCGCCGGGGACACCAGCGCAGGAGAGGCCGGCGGCUCGCUCGCGCCGCCCAAGUUUGCCCGAUGCUGCAGAGAGUGACGAGGAAGCAGUGCCGAAAUUUGCCUCGCCUGUAGGCCUCCAUCAAGAAUCAGUUUCUAGCUACUGAUUGGCUGUUGAACCAUCCAGAAGCCUUGACAGUGCCCAGGAUUAGCACAUGCCACUGUCAGCUGUCUCAGAUGCCUCAGGGGUUCUGCCUAAUGAUUGUGUUAGAAACAAACAUCCUUAUGGAUAGAAAAUUGCUGUCACUGUGGGGAAAGGCCCACUGAAAUUGCCCUCCAUGGUUUCUGCUCUCUUCAAGAGCCUGAUCUUUUCCUACUUAUACAAGAUUUACAAAGGAAUGUUUACAAAGAAAUUGGGAAAUAGUACAAAGAAGAAAGAAAAUUGUCAAAGCAAAAAGGAACAAGACAUUUCCCAGGUUGGACAGAUAAAGACUCCCAAAUUAUCUAAUACUUUGAAAAGCACAGUCAAAAAGAUUGCCAAGUGUCCCUCCACCCAUAACUUGUCAACUGAAGAGGAGGAAAGCAACAGAGAGUUUUCCCUGUCUCCGACUUUCAGUUACCGGGUUGCAAUCGCAAAUGGACUGCAAAAGAGUGUCUUCUUAACAAACAACAAUGAGGAUCCAUUUCAGGAUCUAUCUUCCAAUGAGAGCUCAUAUUCAGAGUCCUUAAGUGAAGUCAAGGGCCCGAACAAGAGCAAAGAGUUCUCCUCACACACGAUGCCUGUGAGACGCAACAGGAAGAGCUUGAGUAGCCCCGCCCCCUCUGACGGCAGCUCUGAUGGCGAGCGCACUUUGCACAGCUUGAAGCUCGGUGCUUUGCGGAAGCUGCGGAAAUGGAAGAAGAGCCAGGAAUGUGUCUCCUCGGACUCCGAGCUCAGCACGUGGAAGAAGACUUGGGGCCUCAGGAGCAAGUCUUUGGACAGGACGGCUCGCCCCCCCAAAUCCAGCACCCUGGAACCCACCUUCAGUUCAACAGGUUGCAUCAGCCAAACCCACGACGUUAUGGAAAUGAUCUUUAAGGAACUUCAGGGAAUCAGCCAGAUUGAAACUGAACUCUCUGAACUGCGGGGACAUGUCAACGCCCUGAAACAGUCUAUUGAUGAAAUCUCCAGUAGUGUGGAAGUCGUGCAGAGUGAGAUUGAACAGCUGCGGACAGGCUUCGUGCAGUCAAGAAGGGAGACUCGUCACAUACAUGACUACAUUAAACAAAUUGGGCACUCGGGAAGCCAAACCAGCCUUAGAUUUUUAAAUGUCCCUGAGGAGAAGUUUGAAAAUGUUGAACAUGUGGUGUACAGAACUUUAAUAGAGAAAAUGGGGUUUUCAGAGACUCCAAAUUCUAUCAAAAUAGAAUUUGCUCACCGGGUGGGACAGCAUAGAGAGUGCCCCAACGCCAAACCCAGGCCAAUCCUUGUUUACUUUGAAAGUCCACAGCAAAGAGAUUUGGUUUUGAAAAAGUCUUACAAGCUCAAAGGAACUGGCAUUGGGAUUUCAACUGAUAUUAUCCCUCAUGACACAAAAGAGAGAAAAGACAGAAGUCUGCCUUCAUCACAGACGUAUGAGAGCAUGGACAUGAAACUGCUGGCUGUUGAGCUCAAAGGUAAAAAACAUGAUUUUGAGUCACCAGAGAGCAGUGACAAAGAACUGGGAUCAGAUAUAAAUCAGAACAGUUAUGCGAAGAUAUCCAAAUCGGCGCCACAAAUGAAAAGAAGUAUUGCAAAGGCAAGAGAGCACUCUUCAGAUACCAGAGUCCUUAAAGGAGCUGCAGAUGGCAACAGUUUUCCAAAUAAAAUCAGUUAUAAUGAGGAGUCACCAGGAGCAGAGAGCCUGCAGGCAGAAUCCAAAGCCAGCUGUUACUCUGACAUGACUCCUCUCUGGCAGUCGCAAAAUGACUUUGCAACACUCAAACUCAGCCGUUCAGAAUCUGACUUUUCUAAACUGUGCCAGUCAUACUCUGAGGAUUUUUCAGAGAAUCAGUACCUCAGCAGAACCAAUGGCAGCUCACUCUUGUCUUCCUCUGAUCGAGAACUCUGGCAGAGAACACAUGAUGACCCAUCCAGCUGGUGCAGUGGCUCACAUGAGCAAACAUUUAAUCAAGAUGGUCACCUUUAUAAAGUUGAGAACACAGAAACAGUUGACAGUGGGGUGAGCAGUGGGUUGAUGUGUGUGUCUGGUGACAGGAGUCACUAUGGCAACUCUCACGUCUCCUUGGAAGAUGACCUUUCACUAUGGAAAGACUGGAAUCAGCUAGAACGAAACACAGGCUUGGGGUUAGAUUCAUCUACACAAGAAGUUUUGGCUUAUGACUUGAGCAGCUCUUCUGCCCAACAGGUAGACUAUGGCCAGAUCUCUGAGGUCCAGUAUGACACAGAAAGUUAUGAUUUCACCCUGGGUGGCAAUUCUUCCUCUGGUCCAGGACUCAGUAGUGAAACAGAGAGCCAGUGGAAUGGUCAGUACGAUGAUUAUCAGGAGACUAAUGUCAACACCCUAUAUCAGAACCAGAACAGGAAGACCGUGAUGUACCGAAGCCAAAGUGAGCUGCCAAGUGAUGACUCUGAGGAAGUACCUCCUAAAUCUUGGCACAGCAGACUGAGCAUCGACCUUUCAGACAAGACAUUCAGCUUUCCUAAAUUUGGAAAUACUCUUCAGCGGGCAAAGUCAGCCUUAGAAGUGGUGUGGAAUAAAAGCACACAGAGUUUAAGUGGGUACGAGGACAGUGGGUCAUCUUUCAUGGGGAGAUUUCGGACUUUGUCCCAGUCAACUGCUAAUGAAUCAAGCACAACUCUGGAUUCUGAUGUUUACACAGAGCCUUAUUAUUACAAAGCUGAGGAUGAGGAAGAGUACAGUGAACCCGCUGAAGAGGAUGGAACAGAUUAUGUGGAAGUCAUGGAGCAAGUUCUUGCAAAACUGGAAAACCGAACUAGUGCCAAUGAAUCGGAAGAGCAGCUCCAGGAAUAUGAGCAAACUCCUUAUGAAAGCCCUUGUGCAAUUUCACAGGAAGACACUCCUGAUGGAUAUUUCACUAAUAAUGUGGUUGGUGGCAGUGGAAUGCAGUUUGUGGGGGAUAGAGUUGUUGAAACAAAAGCAGAAGUGCAUGAAGAUGAAAAUCAAAAUAUCCCAGAAGUCCCUGUUCAGACUCCAGUGGGGAAAAAAGUACGGCCAUCUUUUAAAGAAGCGGCUUUUAGGGCUUACAAGAAACAGAUGAGCGAGUUGGAGGAGAAGAUCCUCGCUAGAGAUAGCAGUUCUGUGGAUGAAAAGGCUCGCAUAGUCAGCGGAGGGUCUUUGGAGGCUUCCAAGCUUGCAAUCCAAGCCUUUGCUGGCCCGAGCAGCGCACUGUAUGGAAUUGACAGCAUGCCAGACCUGCGCCGGAAGAAGUCAUUCCCCAUCGUCCGAGAUGUGACCCUUGCAGCCCGGAAGUCUGGGAUCUCGUUGGCCAUGGUCAUCCGGAAGUCACUCAACAACGAGGAGAUGAAAAUGCAUGUCUUCAAAAAGACUCUGCAGGCCCUCAUCUACCCCAUGUCUUCCACCACCCCACACUAUUUUGAUGUGUGGACGGCCACCGCCCCCACCUACUGCUACGAAUGCGAAGGUCUCCUCUGGGGCAUCGCCAGGCAGGGAAUGAGAUGCACGGAAUGUGGCGUCAAAUGCCACGAGAAGUGCCAGGACCUUCUCAAUGCGGAUUGUUUGCAGAGGGCGGCAGAAAAGAGCUCAAAGCACGGGGCGGAGGAUAAGGCCCAUAAUAUUAUCAUGGCAAUGAAGGAACGCAUGAAGAUCCGAGAGCAAAACAGGCCAGAGGUCUUUGAGCUGAUCCAGGCAAUGUUUCAGAUCCCCAAGGAGGACUUCGUUCAGCACACAAAGGCAGCCAAACAGAGUGUCCUGGAUGGGACCUCCAAGUGGUCAGCAAAAAUCACCAUCACAGUGCUCUGUGCCCAGGGCUUGCAAGCAAAGGACAAAACUGGCUCCAGCGACCCCUACGUCACUGUGCAAGUUGGCAAAACCAAAAGGAGGACAAAAACUAUCUUCGGAAACCUGAAUCCAACGUGGGAUGAGAAAUUUUAUUUUGAAUGCCACAACUCAACAGACAGAAUAAAAGUCAGAGUCUGGGAUGAAGAUGAUGACAUCAAAUCCCGAGUGAAGCAGCAUUUCAAAAAAGAAUCGGAUGACUUCUUGGGGCAAACCAUCAUUGAAGUGAGAACCUUGAGUGGGGAAAUGGACGUCUGGUACAACCUUGACAAGCGAACCGAUAAGUCUGCUGUGUCCGGGGCCAUUCGGCUGAAGCUCAACGUGGAAAUAAAAGGGGAGGAGAAGGUUGCACCAUACCACCUGCAGUACACCUGUUUACACGAGAACCUCUUCCAUUACUUGACUGAGGUGAAGUCGAGCGGGACUGUGCAGAUCCCAGCAGUCAAAGGAGAUGACGCCUGGAAGGUCUACUUUGAUGAUGCUGCCCAAGAGAUUGUUGAUGAAUUCGCAAUGCGUUAUGGAGUCGAAUACAUCUACCAAGCGAUGACGCAUUUCUCCUGCUUGUCUUCCAAGUAUAUGUGCUCUGGUGUCCCAGCAGUCAUGAGCACUUUGCUGGCCAACAUCAAUGCCUUCUAUGCUCACACCACGGCCACAACCAAUGUAUCCGCCUCUGAUCGAUUUGCUGCCACCAACUUUGGGAGAGAAAAGUUCAUAAAACUGUUGGAUCAGCUGCACAAUUCACUGAGGAUUGACCUCUCUAAAUACAGGGACAAUUUCCCUGCCAGCAGCCCCGAGAGGCUUCAAGACCUGAAAUCAACCGUGGAUCUGCUAACCAGCAUUACAUUUUUCCGCAUGAAGGUCCUGGAACUGCAGAGUCCACCCCGAGCCAGUGCGGUCGUGAAGGACUGUGUCCGAGCCUGCUUGGAUUCCACGUACAAGUACAUUUUUGACAACUGCUAUGAGCUUUACUCUCAGCUAAUGGACCAGGGUAAAAAGCAAGAUAUUCCUCGGGAGGAACAGGGUCCGACUACUAAGAAUCUGGAUUUUUGGACACAGCUCAUUACCCUCAUGGUUACAAUCAUUGACGAAGACAAGAUGGCCUACACUCCUGCCUUGAACCAGUUCCCUCAAGAGCUGAACAUGGGCAAGGUCAGCGCUGAGAUCAUGUGGACCCUCUUUGCGCAGGACAUGAAGUACGCCUUGGAAGAGCAUGAAAAGCAGCGGUUAUGCAAGAGCACAGAUUAUAUGAAUUUGCACUUCAAAGUGAAAUGGUUUUAUAAUGAAUAUGUGCGUGAACUCCCGUCGUCCACAGAUGCCGUCCCUGAAUACUCUCUGUGGUUUGAGCCGUUUGUCAUGCAAUGGCUGGAUGAAAAUGAGGACGUCUCCAUGGAGUUUCUUCACGCCGCUCUGGGAAGGGACAGGAAAGAUGGGUUCCAACAAACGUCGGAACAUGCCCGUUUCUCUUGCUCGGUGGUGGACGUCUUCACGCAGCUCAACCAGAGUUUUGAGAUCAUAAAGAAGCUGGAGUGCCCUAAUCCAGAAGCUCUCUCUCACCUAAUGAGAAGAUUUGCAAAGACAAUCCAUAAAGUCCUUCUUCAGUAUGCUGCAACUAUAGCAAAUGAUUUCAGCUCUUACUGUGAUAAAGAAAAUGUGCCCUGUGUCUUGAUGAACAACAUCCAUCAGCUGCGAGUCCAACUCGAGAAGAUGUUUGAAGCCAUGGGGGGGAAAGAGCUGGAUCCAGAGGCCAGCGAGGCCCUGAAAGGGCUCCAGACCAAGCUCAGCAACGUCCUGGAUGAGCUCAGUGUGACAUACGCCGCCAGCUUCCAAGUUGUCAUUGAGGAGUCUGUGCAGCAGAUGAGCUUGGAGUUGAAUCAAUUGAGAGGAAAUGGAGCCAACAAGAACAGCAACGCUGUGGAUGCCGAGAUUGUGUUGCGGCCAGUGAUGGACGUCCUUGACAAAAUUUUAAGUCUAUCAGCAAAAAUCUGUGAGAAGACCGUUCUGAAGCGGGUUUUGAAAGAGCUCUGGAAACUGGUCCUGAACAGGAUAGAAAAGCAGAUUGUGCUCCCACCACUGACUGAACAAACCGCCCCCCCGAUGAUCCUCAGUGCAGCCAAAGAUUUUGGCCAGUUGUCCAAGCUGAAGGACCACGUCAUCCGAGAAGAAACGAAAAGCCUGACACUGAGGCAGUGUGCAAUAAUGGAUGUGGUGCUGGCAACAAUUAAGCAAUACUUCCAUGCUGGAGGAAGUGGGCUGAAAAAGAAUUUCCUUGAGAAGAGUCUUGACCUGCAGUCUCUCAAAUACGCACUAAACCUUUACACCCAAACAACAGACGUCCUGAUCAAGAAAUUCAUUGACACCCAGACAUCACAAAGUCAGGCAACCAACAAUGCCAUGGGGGAAAUCCAUCUUCACGUGGACCUUGCAACACACCCUGGAACUGGAGAGCAUAAAGUCACCGUCAAAGUUGUAGCCAUUAAUAACCUCAACUGGCAAACCAGCGCCAUGUUCCGGCCUUUUGUGGAGGUUUGCAUCCUGGGGCCCAGCCUCAGCAACAAGAAGAGGAAGCAUGGAACAAAGACCAAGAGCAACACCUGGUCACCCAAAUACAACGAAACAUUCCAGUUCCUCCUGAGCAGCAACGAAAGGCCCGGAGCCUACGAGCUUCACUUGUCUGUGAAGGACUACUGCUUUGCAAGGGAGGACCGGGUCAUUGGCAUGGCCGUCAUACAGCUACGGAGCCUUGCAGAGAAGGGAAGUUGCAGCGCAUGGCACCCUCUCCUGAGAAACAUCUGCAUGGAUGAGACAGGGCUGACAAUCCUGCGGAUCCUUUCCCAGAGGACAAAUGACGAAGUUGCAAAAGAAUUUGUCCGACUCAAGUCAGAAAUACGCUCCAUUGAAGAAACUGCCUAAAAGCUCGCCGCGAGUAAAUGCAAAGUAUCAGCGCCAAGUUCCUUGACCCAGUGUUACCAUCAUCUGAAUCAUGCAUGUGUGUGCAACUCUGUGGGAAUGUGUAACUAACUCUGUUUCCGUGUUUGCCAGAACAUAAAGUACUAUGUUUGCUGGGUUAUGUCCCAGAGCUGUCAACCUUUUUUACAUGUUUGGGUCUUUGAAAAAAUAAGUAAUGGUUUCAAUGAAGUGCCAAAACUGCAAUGGAGAGUAAAUGAUUAGCGGCAUCAUUUGAAACACUGAUUUGUCUCAUUCCAGUCUCUUCGCCAUAAACAUUUCCCCAUAACAUGUUAGACUUUUGAGUUGAGUCAUCAUUAGCUGUCUCUGUUAAAUUGCCAUGUAGCAAUUUCCAACACCAUCUUAACUGAGUUCCCCACCCCCAACCCAGAUGUUUGGGUUAAUUGCCAGUUUCCAUUUUAUGCAAACUCUGUUUUAAGUAUCACUUCCCAAGAUACUUUUUCUAUCAUAACUUACAGAUGCAAUUACUGCAAGAAAGGGUUUGUAAUUUUAUAAUUGCUGAUAUAAAGAAAUGAUUUUUGCAUACAAACUUUAAAAAAGUGGAAAUGUUUUAUGCUGACCUUUUUCCCCCAACCUUUCAUAUUUAUCACUGUGAAGAAAUGCUGUCAAAGCAUGUUCUCAGAAGCUUAACUAUGUUUGUUACUGAUGUUUGAUAUCUUGAGAUAAUUGUUCUCUCAAACUGCCACGGUAAUAUCAUAUUUGUACUGCAAGGGUAAUUCUAUCACUGCAGUUUGGUGAUGUGGCACAGACAGAGCCCUUCUGGGACACCUGCAAACACACGUCCCCCCCAGCUGCAAAGGUUUUCCUGCUCACUGCAGUGGAUUGCAGGGUUCCGUGGGUGUGCCCAUGUGCCUCCCCUCCUCACUCCUCCUCCACUAAAAGGGGCAUCAUGUCUGCUGUAGGGAGAGGAGGAGGAGGAGGCAUGGUGGGGGGACUCAUGCGAGGGGAUGUGCUGGCAAAAGAUGCAGGCCGCCGUUGGCUCAGGGUGCCUGGAAUGCGCUCUGAGUAUGUGCUCUGUUGGCUUUCCAAUUGGCUUUCCAAUGGCUUGUGCACAAGCCAUUCCCUGUGGGUUGAGUUGUAUGCGGUGUGUGUGAGCUUUACAGAGUAUUGUUGUACAAAAUGCUACCGGACUAUACAGGGUUAAUGAGACAGAAGAUGCUGGUUGGUGGUUUCCAUCAAGAGAUCCUUCAUGAAAAGCAAUUUUGCUGUUAACAUUUUUCACUCUGACCAUUACAGACAUUGUUUUAUAUACUUAGCUGAAAUCACAGUUAAGUGGCUUUAUUUCUUAUUUUUAUUUUCAUAAAAGUGCAGAGGUUUCUACUUAUGCAACAUACGUCCUGCACUGAAGCAAAAAUC